AUUUCUAAAUGAGCUCUUUCUUGUCUGUAGUUGUCUCAUGGGAUCCUCCUUGGUGUGGUUGGCACGGAUGUCCCUUUGAAAGAGCUCAUGAGAUUGGCUCCUCGAUACAAGCUGGGAGUUCAUGGCUAUGCAUUCUUAAACACUAAUAAUGGCUAUAUACUCUCUCAUCCUGACCUUCGACCUCUGUAUAAAGACGGUAAGAAGCUGAAGCCAAAGCCGAACUAUAACAGUGUGGAUCUGUCAGAGGUGGAGUGGGAAGAUACAGAAGAUGCAUUGAGAACAGCGAUGGUAAAAGGGGAAAGUGGGACGAUCUCUCUGGACGUCAGAACAACAGUAGACAAAGGAAAGAGAGUUGUUUUCCUGAAAAAUGAAUAUUUUUACACUACCAUUAAUGAAACUCCAUUCAGUCUUGGAAUUGUACUUACCAAAGGUCACGGGAAGAAUGUUUUCAUCGGAAAUGUUUCAGUUGAAGAAGGCCUACAUGACCUGACUGCUUCUGAUGUCACUAUUGCUAAUGAAUGGACAUACUGUGAGACUGACAUCGAUCCACAUCACCGUAAACUGACACAGUUUCAGGCUGUGGUUCAGUACCUAACUGGAAAAGAACCAGACCUGGAAU